GUGACAGAUUUUGGUUUUGCUAAGCGUGUGAAAGGUCGAACCUGGACACUGUGUGGAACCCCAGAGUACCUGGCCCCAGAGAUCAUCCUCAGCAAGGGGUAUAACAAGGCGGUAGACUGGUGGGCGUUGGGUGUGUUGGUCUAUGAGAUGGCAGCCGGUUAUCCUCCCUUCUUCGCUGACCAGCCCAUACAAAUUUACGAAAAGAUUGUCUCUGGGAAGGUGCGUUUCCCCUCCCACUUCAGCUCUGACCUGAAGGAUCUGUUGAGGAAUCUACUACAGGUGGACCUGACCAAGCGCUAUGGCAACCUGAAGAACGGCGUCAACGACAUCAAGGGACACAAGUGGUUUGCCACCACUGAUUGGAUCGCCGUAUACCAGAGAAAGGUGGAGGCCCCGUUCGUUCCUAAGUUCAAAGGCCCAGGUGACACCAGCAACUUUGAGGAGUACGAAGAGGAGGAGAUCAGAGUCUCCAUCAGUGAACAGUGUGCCAAGGAGUUCACUGACUUCUAGACCCAACCAGAGAGAGAGGGAUUGAAGGAAGAAGAUAGAGAAGGAGAGGGAAGAAAGGAGAAGGAAGGAAGGAAGGAAGGAAGGAAGGAAGGAAGGAA